AUGAGUUCUGUCAGUAGAGGAAUCAAGCGUAAGGAUAAUGGUUCCAAAAAACCAUAUAACAAGAAACCAAAAGUAUCACAGGUGCCAAUUUCUCCCAAGAUUUCAUCAUCUUCUGAAGAACUGGAAAAUGAAGUUGAAUCGGAGGAUGAAUUGAGCUCUCAUUCAGAUAUCGAGGAGAUUGAAAGUGAAAGUGAAAUACUGAAAUCCGUCGAGAGUGAUGAAAGUGAUGACCUUGACGUACUCGAUGACGAGGAAAAUAGUGAAGGAGAUGAACUUGAUGAACUUGACAACGAAGAAGCUGGGCUCGAAAAUGACUCAAACGUUCCCACGUCUAACGAAAAUAAAAAAACAUCAAAAGAGCAGCACGCCGAGCAGAGAAAAUUAUUAUCGGAAAGGAAGUUACAGAGAAAGUCUGGUACUGAAGUUCAAAGAAUCAAGAGCUUGUGGGAAAAACUAAGGGUAACGAAACCUCCUUUACCGAAAGUUGUAAGAAACAAAUUAUGUGAUGAGAUUUGGGAGUUGUCAAAAGAUGUAAUAUUAGAUUUAGUUUUGAAGCACGAUGCUUCUAGGGUUGUCCAAACGUUAGUUAAAUAUUCUUCAAAGGAAAGAAGAGAGAUAAUAGUAAAGUCUCUCAAAGGCAACUACUAUCAACUAGCAACCUCUUCUUAUGGAAAAUAUUUACUUAUUAAGCUAUUGCACUAUGGCUCAAAGGAUUCCAGGUCUCUUAUUAUUAAUGAGCUCCAUGGAAAAUUGCGUAAAUUGAUGAGGCAUAGAGAGGGCGCAUAUGUUGUGGAGGAUUUGUAUGUGUUAUAUGCUACAGGAUCUCAGAAAAAACAGAUGCUCAGGGAAUUCUGGGGCGCAGAAUAUGCUGUAUUUAGAAAUUCCGAUGAUGACAGAUCAGUUUUGGACGUUACCAAGGAGCUGUCGGAGAAAAAGCAAUUAAUUCUGAGUAACUUGUUUGGAACAUUGAAUGCAAGUGUUGAAAAAGGAUCAGGUGGGUUUCAAAUUUUACACGCAGUUAUGCAAGAAUACCUCACAAUUUUAGUUGACGAUAUCGACGCAAAUGAUAGCCAAAUAAGAAGUUUCAUUGAACUUUUAAGUGAGCAAUUUGCCGAAUUAGUUCAUACUCCUGAGGGUUCUGAUGUUGCAGCAACUUUAAUCGCAUUAGCGAAUGCUAAGGAGCGUAAAAAUAUUAUCAAGUCUUUAAAAAAGCAUUCUACAGAAUUAAUUAAGAACGAUCACGGAAACUUAGUGUUGAUUACUUUAUUUAUGACGGUAGAUGAUACCGUUUUGUUGCAUAAGAGCUUUAGUGCCGAAUUAUUCACGGGCGAUAACCUCCCUAAUAUAAUAAGUGAUAAAUUUUCAAGGAGACCCAUAUUGUACCUUUUGAAAGGUCUUGAUCGUCGUUAUUUUGCCCCACCUGUUCAAAGUAAGCUCUUAAACUAUGAAGGACUUGCGUACAAAAAAACUUCCAAAAAGCCACAGGGUCAAAGAAGAAAUGAGUUACUUUCUAAGGCUCUCCCAUUAAUAUACUCUUCUAUUUUAGAAACUGCAGAGGAAAAUAGUCAGUCAGGUGAGACAUUCAGAGAUAUCUUGUCUAAGAAUCUAGGUGCUCAGUUUGUGACCGAGUUAGUUUUAACUCCAACAGAUCUAGAAGACGUAAACUCAAACUUGAGACCAAAAUUAAUGGAUGCAAUUUUCAAAGAAUUGAAAAGAAUUGGUAUCUUAGAAGACCAUCAUUUAAUAAAUAUGUCGCCGAAUUUCUCGAGAUCAUUAAAAUACAUGAUUCAAGCACACGAAUUUGGCUGGGACAAUGAGUCUAAAAAACUUGUCAAAUCGAAUGAGUCGUCUACCAAAAUCCCAAACGUCGGCGUUGACCUCGCGUUAAGACUAAAAGAGUACAUGUUGGAUUCCAAGAGCUUGGCAGAUUGGUGCUCUGGCCAAGGUGCAUUUGUUGUGGUUGCUAUAUAUGAGGUUUUACAGUUAUCAGACUAUCAAAAAGAGUUUGAAGAGUUUCGUCAUGAAAUCUUUGCUAUUAAGGAUCUUUUGUCGGCGGAUAGUGACAAUAAAGGAGCGCAAUUAAUCCUUAGACUAUUAAACUAA